CUGUCGGGCUCAUGUACUGAGAAAAUCAGAGAACACAUAGGAAGGACAGCUUCACACUGUCUCUCUCUCAGAUAGACAGAUGCAGGGACAGUGAGCUGUAAGAGGUGACUGAGAUAUAGUAAAAUAGAAAGAGAGACAGAGAGAAAAACAGAGUGAACGAGAAAGAGGUAGAGAGAGGGGGAGAGAGAGGGAGAGACAGGUGAAUCUGUCUCUCUCUCUCGUCCACAGAAAUUGUCACACUGGCCUCUGGAACAGCGAUGGCCUUCACCUUUGCCGCCUUCUGCUAUAUGCUCACGCUUGUCCUGUGUGCUGCACUUAUCUUCUUUGUCAUCUGGCAGAUCAUUGCUUUUGAUGAACUGAGAACAGACUUUAAAAACCCCAUAGACCAGAGCAACCCAACCAGAGCGAGAGAGAGAAUCCUGAACAUCGAGAGAAUCUGUAACUUGCUCAGGAGGUUGGUGGUUCCUGAAUAUUCUAUCCAUGGUUUGUUCUGUCUGAUGUUCUUGUGUGCUGGUGAGUGGGUCACACUUGGUCUCAACAUCCCCCUGCUCUUCUACCACAUGUGGAGGUUUUUCCACCGGCCGGCUGAUGGCUCUGAGGUGAUGUAUGACCCUGUCAGUGUAAUGAAUGCAGAUAUUCUUAAUUACUGCCAAAAAGAGUCUUGGUGCAAACUGGGGUUCUACCUGCUCUCCUUCUUCUACUACCUGUACAGCAUGGUUUAUGCUCUGGUCAGCUUCUGAUUGAUGAAGAACUGACAAAAGGAAGAAGAAACAAGAAAGAAAGAAUGUUCUGUUCUCCUCCUCCUCCUCAGCCAACAACAGAAAUGCCUGGAGACCCGCUGAGGUGCUGGUGGAGAGAGAGAACGUGAGAAGCUCGGGCAGCAGUGAUGUUUGAGUUUUAUUUCUUUAAGGGCUGCUGAACAUUUCUGCUGCUCAGAGUGAAAAGGCGAAUCACCUCCAGUGCGAUGAGACGUGAUCAUCACUGAUGAUCAUCUUCUGAUCUACAGACUCCAGAUUCGAUGCCAUACAAUAUCGAUUUUCAUUUGCGAAAAGAUUUUUGUGUAGAAGACCUCUGUUUAGUUUUAAAGUGUUAGAUUAGUGAUAAAGCUUUCACUGUUUUAGUCCAGUGGUAGAUUCUAUUUACUUUAAUAAUAUAUCCAUUUUAUUCUAACACUCAGUUGUUGUAUCUCAAUCCAGGGUAGAAACUACUCGUGUCCUUACACUAGACAAACUGCACAUUUUAUAUUUACGACUGAACAGCGAAGGCAAUGUUUACACUGAGCAACCAAUGAAACGAGAAAAAUAUCCAGGCCGGGAAAACUGUUCAGAUAUCUGUGGAAGAGACUGGAAUCAUUCUGAGAAUCGGUGUAAAUAAGCACACACACACACACACACACACACACGCACACACGCACACACGCACACACACACACUGUUGUCAGCCUUAUAGAGAAAAGCCAACGCCUCCGUAUCACUGUGGAGAAGCAGCAGGUCCUCUGAGAUGGAGUAAGACCUUUGAAACAUUGCCUUCUGGACUUAGAUGGAAUGUGACACAUGGAACAGACUGAGAGUUAGAUUUCAACAGAGUCAGAGUGAGACAAAGAGAGAAAAAGAGAAAAAAGGUAGAUGAAACAGAAGUAUAAAAUAAAGUAGUGAGACAGUGUGAGACAGGCUGAGACAGAGUGAGUCAGACAGACAAAGACAGUGAGACAGAGUGAGACACAGGCUAAGACGGAGUGAGACAGACAGGCUGAGAAGGUGAGACAGAGUGUGACAGAGUGAGUCAGAGAGGCUGAGAAGGUGAGAGAGUGAGACAGACAGGCUGAGAUGAUGAGACAGAGUGAGACAGACAGGCUGAGAUAGUGAGACAGACAGGCUGAGAUGGUGAGACAGAGUGAGACAGACAGGCUGAGAUAGUGAGACAGACAGGCUGAGAUGGUGAGACAGACAGGCUGAGGUGGUGAGACAGAGUGAGACAGAGUGAGACAGACAGGCUGAGAUGGUGAGACAGACAGGCUGAGAUGGUGAGACAGAGUGAGACAGACAGGCUGAGAUGGUGAGACAGACAGGCUGAGGUGGUGAGACAGACAGGCUGAGGUGGUGAGACAGAGUGAGACAGACAGGCUGAGAUGGUGAGACAGAGUGAGACAGACAGGCUGAGAUGGUGAGACAGAGUGAGACAGACAGGCUGAGGCAAAGAAAUGUGCUGCUAAGGAUCAUUUCAUUUAAUGGAAUUAUGAGCAAUGCCCUAACACUAUUUCAUUCCUGCUCUGGAGUCAUGUCCACUUUAAGGCUCUGUGCCAAAGUGACUCUUAACCCUUUCUAAUUCACAGGCUAGCAGGACUAGCUAAUCAUGGGAUCUCUUCUAAAUACAGUGUUCUCUUUACUAGUGACUCUCUUUUUAUGCUGGUUCUGCACUUAGCAGCGGUUCUCAUGAGAAUGUUUUAUCACACGAUGAUGUUUGGGACGUGGCCGGUUCUGGACAGUUUAUUAUGAAUGGUUGAUGUCAGAGCUGCUGAUGACACUGUUACUGAUGAUGAUGAUGAUGAUGAUGAUGAUGUCAUUGUGUUUCUUUGCUCAUAUUUCACCCCUACAUCUGUGUAUUAUAUCUUCCUGGUUGUGAGAACAAGACUGUGGACAAUAUUGUACAAACAUUUACCAUCACCUUACAUACACACACAUUCUUUUUCUAAAAACACAAAAUUUUUGUGUGUCUGUGUUUGCGUGUGUGUGUCUGUUUGUGCGCGCGCGAGUGCGUGUGUGUGCGUGCCUGCGCGUGCGCGUGUGUGUCUGUGUGUGCGUGCGCGUGUGUGUGUGCGUGUGUAUCUCUGUGUGUGUGUGCGCGUGUGUGUCUGUGUGUGUCUCUGUGUGUGUGUCUGUGUGUGCGUGUGUGUGUGCGUGUGUGUCUGUGUGUGUGUGUGCGUGUGUCUGUGUGUGUGUGCGUGUGUGUCUGUGUGUGCGUGCGGGUGUGUGUGCGCGCGUGUGUCUGUGUGUGCGUGCGCGUGUGUGUGUGCGUGUGUGUCUCUGUGUGUGUGGGUGUGUGAGACCUGGUGUGUCCGUUGACAAUCAAGUACAGACUGAGUGUAGAAAGAUGAAUAAGAUCAUUAUGACAUCAUCACUGACAGUCUCACAGCGCUGUUCACGACACAUGGGAAUUACAGUAAAGACGAGUUUCUGACUUACAUCUCAAUAGAACCUGGAAUUUUCUGGAAUCACGCCAGUGUAAAAACCGUGUUAGGGAUAAACUCCCACCUUCCCAUCAUCCUCACCUGAUGACCUCAUCAACCAUAGUGUAGUGCACUUUAGCUUUUUAGUGUGUAGCAUAUAUAGAUAUAUAUAUAUAUAAAACCAUCACCAUGGUCAGUAUAUCUUUGGUGUUGGGUGUGUUGCCAUGACAACACUGAUAUUUUCUUUCCCAGUUGGAGGGGAUGAAGUGCUCGAAGUGUCGUGUUUGCUGUAAUUCCACACUAAGUGAACGUGCUGUAACGUGAAC